CCAUGGGGACAACUUUCCUGCUUUGUGUGGCUGUCACCCUAUUCAGAGUAGUCAGUGGAUCAUGCCCAGUGGGGCGGGAGUUCAUUACUGCCUUUAUGCCGAACUAUUUGCUGAGCUUCCAAGAUGAUCAGAGUCUUAAACUGGCCAUAACCACACAGGAUUAUCCAGCCAUUGUUCAAAUUCAGGUCAAUGCAAUCGGCUUCUCGACCUCAGUGAAAAUAGAAAAACAGAACACCAAAUGGAUCGGCAUACCUGGUACCGCUGAAAUUGGGGGUCCAGGAGCUUCCACCAAAACAGUGCAGGUCACCUCCAACUCUGACAUCUCGGUGGUGGCCUUCAACUACAAGUUCUCGACCGGAGACAGCAGUGUGGUCUUCCCGACUGACCAGCUGGGUACUGACUAUGUGGCCUUCACCCCUGUAGGGGGUCCAAGCAACAUGCACAAGCUUAUGUCUAUUAUCAACGGCAAAGAGCCCAACAAGAUCACGAUCAUCCCUGUCUCCAACAUGAAUCUCAGUGGUGUGGAUUCCUGGAAGCAAAGAAAGGCAAUGAUUGUUACCAUGGAACCAUACCAGGUCUACCUCUACCAAAGCUACACCACUUUCACUGGGACCAGGGUAAAAGCUAAGCACCCUGUGGCAGUCCUGGGGGGACACGAGUGCAUUGCAGAUGGAGGCCGCUGCAAUCACGUAUACGAACAACUGCUACCAGUACAGAGCCUCUCCACCAACUACUUGGUUCCUUCCAUGCACAUGACCGAAUCAACAGACUUUGUCAACAUUGUGGCCUCAGAGGACAACACUCUAGUGAAGAUCUUUGAGGGAAAGGUAUCCACUGCUAAAGAGCUGAAUGAGGGGCAGGUGUAUGUGAUAUCUGUCCAACCCAAAUAUCCGCUGAUCAUCAAAAGUGAUAAGAAGGUCAUGGUGAUGUACUUCAGCAACAACAAGCCCUAUGAUCCGUUCCUCACCAACAUCCUCCCAACGUCUAAUCUAGCCAAAGAGUGGUCGGUGGACACGCAGAGCAAAUUCGAGAGCACAUUGGUCAUUGUCUCCGAGGGGGAAGGGAUCAAAACCGUUAAAGUCUGUGAAAAAAAUAAUUGUGUGAAAUCUCUCCAAUGGACAUCAUUCAACUCAGACCCUAAGUACAUGUGGGUAAAUGUUCCAUUGGGAGAGCAGCAACAGCAUUUCUCCAUCAAAGGCGACUCCCUCAUGGCUGUUUACGUUUAUGGUGGCAUGCCAAGAGACGGCUACGCUACAACAGGAGUAUGUACCAAAGGCACUGCACCACCCACUCCACCACCAGACCCAUGUGAGAAAGUCAAAUGCAGAGAAAAGGAAGAAUGUACAAAGGGAGUUUGUGCCCACAUCUCCAAAGCAACCUGCAGGGCCGUGGGCGACCCCCACUACCUCACCUUUGAUGGGGAGAGAUUUGACUUCCAGGGCACCUGCUCAUAUGUCAUGGCCACGGUUGUUAAAUCUGAUCCUGGCCUCAUCCCGUUCACUGUCCUGACCAAGAACAACCACAGAGGGAACAAGAGGGUGUCUUUCGUAAGGAAAGUCUCAGUCACAGUCUAUGGGCUGACUGUGGUGAUGAGCACACAUAAAGGGAAGGUUGAGGUGAACGGUGAGAAUGUCUACCUGCCUGUGACCCUGGCCGGAGGAAACCUAACGGUGGUGUAUAGUGGCAGCUAUGCUGUUCUGAAGACAAACUUUGGCCUGAAGGUUAUGUACGACUGGAACAUGAAGUUCUACAUCACUGUCCCCAGCAGCUACUUCCGCACCCUGGGUGGGCUCUGUGGGAACUACAACGGGGAUCGCAAUGACGAGUUCACUAACCCCAAAGGUAACAAGGAACCCACAGUGGUGAAGUUUGCCCAGAGCUGGAGAACUGAAGACGGCGACUUGUUCUGUCAUGAUGACUGCCAAGGGGAAUGUCCUAGCUGCAUUCUGGCUCUCCAACAGAAAUAUAAGGGAGAGAAGUCAUGUGGUCUCUUGGCCAAAAAAGACGGCCCAUUCGCCAGCUGCCACAAGGUCCUGGACCCAGGCAUGUUCAUGGACAACUGUGUCUAUGACGUCUGCAUCAAUAAAGGCAUCUAUCAGUUCCUCUGUGAGAACAUGAAAAGCUACACUGAUGCCUGUUUGGCCGAGGGGGUCAAAAUUAGCCCUGAGUGGAGGACAAUCACUGGAUGCUCACUGGAAUGUCCGUCAAACAGCUACUACGAGGCGUGUGGCACAGCUUGCCCUGCCUCUUGUUCAGAUCUAGAUGCCGAAGCAAAGUGCAAGGAACCCUGUGUGGAGACUUGUCAAUGCAACAAGGGCUUUGUCCUCAGUGGAGACAAAUGUGUCUCCAAGGAGAGCUGUGGCUGCUCUUAUGAAGGACGAUACUACCCGUCUGGAAUGAAGUUCUGGGAAGAUGACAAAUGCACAAAGCAGUGUGAAUGCAAUCCAGGAACAGCCAAGGUUGAAUGCAAAGCAACAGCAUGCAAGAAAUCAGAGGUGUGUGGCCUGCAGAUUGGUAAGAGAGAUUGCUACCCAACAUCAUAUGCCUCUUGCCAAGGUUCAGGCGACCCCCACUACCGCACGUUUGAUGGCAAGAGGUUCGACUUCCAGGGAACGUGUACUUACGUUCUCUCCAAAUUGGUCAGCAAAGAUGACAAGUCUCUGGCGUCUUUUGAGGUGCUUGUAAAGAAUCAGAAUAGGGGGAGGAACACGGCAGUGUCUUACACAAAGACAGUCACCGUCAUUGUCUUCAAAAACAUCAUCACCAUGAGUAGGGACAACCCUGGCAAAGUAUUGGUCAACAACCAGUAUGUGAACUUGCCAUUUGAUGUAGAAGAUGGCCAACUGUCCAUCUUCCGCAGUGGGUAUUUCGGGGUGGUGAAGACCAAAUUUGGCCUGACACUGAAGUUCAACUGGAACAGCCACGUCUCCCUAACCCUCCCCAGCACCUACUCAAACCUCAUCGGAGGGCUCUGCGGAAACUGGAACGGCCAACGGAACGACGACCUCCUCAAACCAGACAAGAGCCCUGCCAACACCCCAACAGUAUUUGGGGACAGCUGGAAAGUGGGGAACGACCCUGGCUGCUCAAGCGACUGCGACGGCAAGAAGUGCCCCACCUGUGACCACAGCUUGAUGCUUCAUUACCAAACAGGGAAGUACUGCGGCAGAAUCACAGACAAAAACGGUCCGUUCAAGCACUGCCACGCCAAGGUGGACCCCACAGAGUACUAUGAGGACUGUGUGUUUGAUAUGUGUAUGUACCGUGGCCAUGCCUCUGCCCUCUGUAACGCCCUCAGCACCUACACCACUGCCUGCCAGGAUGCCCCGGCCAAGGUGGAACAGUGGAGGUCAGACAGCUUCUGUCCAUCUUCCUGCAAGGUCAACAGCCACUAUGAGGUGUGUGCCUCAGGCUGCCCCCAGACCUGCAGCGGCCUCGAUGAGCCUGAGAGCUGUUGGAACUCCCUGUGCACCGAGGGCUGUGUCUGUGACGACGGCUUCAUACAGAGCGACAGCGAGUGUGUGCCGCUGGCUGAAUGUGGCUGCAUUCACCAAGGCCAGUACUACCAGAUGGGCCAGGUGUUCUUCCCCAGUGGCCAGUGCAAAGAGCGCUGUGUGUGUAACAAGGAUGGACACGUGGAGUGUAAUGUGAAGUUUGCCUGCGGUCCCAAUGAGAAGUGCCAGGUCCAAGACGGGGUGCAGGCUUGUAUACCCAUGAGUACGGGCACCUGCCAUGUGAGCGGGGCCAGGAGAUUCCACUCGUUCGAUGGCAGCUGCUUCAACCUACAUGGGGACUGUGUGUACAAAAUGUCGGAGGUUGUGGAGAAAGACGGAUCGAUGGCUCCAUUUGUUGUAUCAGUGCAGCAGUUGACCAAGAUUGGUGAUGCAAUGGUCACCAGGAGGGUUGAAAUACAGGCCUACAAAUACAAGAUAUCUAUGUCUCCCAGAGUUAUAUGGGAAAUAAUGGUGGAUGACGUUGCAACAAAUCUCCCACUGUCACUCGGAGAUGGAAAGGUCAGCGCCUACCAGAACGGCAUUAACAUCAUCGUGGUAACAGACUUUGGCUUGAUGGUGACCUACGACACCGUUGCUGGCGCCAUCAUACAGCUUCCAUCCACCUUCAAAGGUGUUACCGGUGGUCUCUGUGGCAACUAUAAUGACAAGAAGGAGGAUGACUUCCUGCUGCCCAGUGGGCUGCAGGAGUCGUCUGUGGAGAAGUUUGCAGCGGGGUGGUUAGUGGUUCAGGAAGGGGUCAAAUGUCAGACAGGAUGUGACGGUGGCUUGAAGUGUCCUCCCACCAGUGGACCCCCGCCGGCUUGUAGCAUCAUAAAGUCACCCAAGGGUCCAUUUGCCCAAUGCCAUGCUGUUGUGCCACCACAAGAGCACUUUGAGGAGUGCACGAAGGAGGGAGAGGGUGGGGAUGCCCUGUGCCGCCACUUACAGACGUAUGUGACUUUCUGUCAGGCAUCUGGUGGCCUUGUCAGCAGCUGGAGAUCUGACCAGUUUUGUCCUCUGACGUGUCCAGCUAACAGUCACUAUGAGUUGUGUGCCAACACCUGUUCUUCCACCUGUGACUCUCUGAGUGAGUCUCCCAAAUGCCCACUAUGCCAGGAGGGCUGCCAGUGUGAUGACGGCUUUGUGUUUGAUGGUGGCAAGUGUGUCCUACUGGAGAACUGUGGCUGUGUGGUUGAUGGACACUAUUACAAGUCUGGCCAGUCUGUGAUGCUGGGCAACUGUUCUGAGACCUGCAGCUGUGCAGCAGGAGUAUUCACCUGCAAGAACUCACAGUGCAAAGAGGGUCAGCAAUGUGGGUUGAAGAAUGGAGUCAUGGACUGCUACAGCACAGACCCCUGUGAAGAUACUGAAUGCCGUGAGAAGGAAAACUGUGCAGUGAUGAACAACAAGGCGGUAUGUGUGGCCCAGUCCAAGGCCACCUGCUGGUUGUUCGGUGACCCUCAUUACAGCACGUUCGACGGCCAGCCAUUCUCCUUCAUGGGCACCUGCUCCUACAUUCUGGUGAAUACGACCGGCAAAGAUCAAUCCCUGCCUCAGUUCAGCAUCCUGACCAAGAACGAGCUGCGCGUCAACUCCAAAGGCUCCUUCCUCAAGUCAGCCAACAUAGACCUGAGUGGUCACAGGAUCACCAUUCUCAGUGGCCAAAGAGGGACAGUGGAGAUUGAUGGCAUUAGGUCUGCCCUCCCUUUGAGUUUGGAGUCUGACAGCAUCAGAAUCACAGAGUCUGGUAUCCAAGGGACCAUCCAGACAGAUGUCGGCCUGAAGGUCACUUUUGACUGGACAGCCUUCUUCAUGGUGACCAUCAGCAGCAGUUACUACGACAACCUCGGUGGUAUCUGUGGCAACUACAAUGGUAACAAAGCAGAUGACUUCACCACUCCCACAGGUGUGCUUUCAUCAAAUACCACAGCGUGGGUGGCAUCCUGGAGUGUUGCUGACGGUGACCCAUUCUGCUGGCACGUCUGUAACAGCAACUGCCCCACAUGCUCAGAUUCAGACCGGGCACUUUACACUGGACCAGAGUACUGUGGUGUGAUGACAGACAGAGGGGGCCCAUUUGAACAGUGUCAUAAGAAAGUGCCGGUGAAGGAGUUUGCCUCAAAAUGCCUCUAUGAUGUGUGUGUGAAUGAGGGUCGACAGGAGGUGUUGUGUGAGGCCUUGGCUAACUACGUGGCCGAAUGUCAGCAGGCUGGGGCUGUUGUCUCACCACUGUGGAGAAAGGCCUCCAACUGCCGUUAGUACUCAGCUAUAACAAAACAUCACAUUUAGGAACAGUCUUAAAUGUGUAUAAUGACACGAUAGAACCACUUGUGCAUUUGCAGAAUGUAUUUGGACUACAUUUGUGAUGUUUGUUUAUUCUUAACUCGAACAGCCCUGGACUGCCCAUACCACAGCCACUAUGAGUUAUGUGGCACAGCCUGCCCUGCUACCUGUGCCGAUCCCAAUGUCCCAGAGAUCUGUUCCAAAGUCUGCGUGGAGGGCUGCCUGUGCAACAAAGGUUACAUGCUCAGCGGUGAACAAUGUGUCAUCAAGGUGUCAGGGUGUGGCUGAAUGAAAAACUCCUGAACAAAUACGUAAAACCUGUACAUAUCAAGUUUGGAGGCUUAAUUUUCAACUAAACUCUCAUGGCUCCAAAAUAUCCUUUAAAAAUUUAAAUGUUCCUUCCAUGUCCUGGUUGUUGGCUAGAGCAUUUCGACAUAAAAUCGUAAAAGUAUCUUAAAAUGACCUUCUGUAUUUGAUAACAUAUUCCAAACUAUAUAAUGUUGUGAGGGAUUAUGAGUAUUCAUGCAUGGAAUUGUUAUUGAACUCUAUAUUCAUUAAAAUUCAAAUAUAAUCCCAGAGUUGUGUAUUACUAAAACUGAGAUUAUCUCUGUACGCGUGUAUCUCUGUCUAUCCUUUACAACUUUCAAAAGCCUAAUAAUAAACAUAU